AUGUCCCUUACGAUGGCCUAUGGACAUAUCGGCCCCGUCCCCGAGCUGGAAGAGGAGUCGUUGCACGAAGACGACUCAGUGGGCGAGCUCGACUUCAUGGACGAGGAGGUGGUCGACACGUCUUUGAUGGGACUAGAAGACUGGACCGAGGAAGACUCAGACGCCGAGGGGCUGAUGCCGGGCUGCCAGUGCACAUCGGUGUCCCGCAUCAGGCGUGUAAAGCCAGCAGACAGGCAAGCCGAUAUCUCCAGAGCUUCACUCGCUGGCGACCGAGAUGUGGUGCGGCAUAUUCCGACCAUGCUGCGGGUCGCCGAUUUGAUGCCUGGCGUCAAAUGCAACAAGCAGCUGACGGUUCCCCUCCCCCAAGACCAGCUGUACCGGUACUUUUCCCCGGAGAACGAGUACACCUGGGUCAAAUUGAGGGUCAUAAGUCCGGACCCGUCCUACGACCCGGCCGCCGUGCGCGUCGAGGUCCGAAGGAUCUUCGGCGGUCACCUCUUCACUUAUGGCCAGAACGAUCUCGACGCCGACAGCCAGGGCCACCUCUGGCUGUCAUUCUGCCUUUGGCUCAAGCCAGUCGGAUCGGAUCUGGCAGCCGCCGAAAACCCGGCAACGCCCUCCGCCUCCUCCCAUGCCCCUGUCCACACCCUCGCUCUCCCUUCCCCCCCUUUGCUUGCGGCGCCGCGCGGAAAAGAUCCGCCGGUCGCAACCCCGGUCAAGACUCUCCCACGCCAGCAGCCUCGAAGAGGCGAAGGCGAGCGUGACCUUGCCGUCGUGGCUCCGACAUGA